AGGAUGUCCGUGUCCCACGACCGGGUUGAGGAAAUGGACGGUGAAGAGUCGGGAGUGGCCAGGGCAGCCCUGCCCGCGGACGACCACCUGCAGAGCCUGAAGGCACUCACGGAGAAACUGAGGCUGGAGACGCGAAGGCCCUCCUACCUGGAGUGGCAGGCCCGGGGGAUCCAGGGCACCCCCCUGAGCGGCAGCAGUCCUCGCCCGCCCCAUGCCCUGGGCCCCAGCAGGCUGCCCGGCUUCCAGAGCGUGGACGAAGCCCUGGGCUGGCUUCGGAAGGAACUGGCCGAGAUGCGGCUGCAGGACCAGCAGCUGGCGCGGCAGCUCAUGCGUCUGCGCGGCGACAUCCACCAGCUGAAGGUGGAGCAGGCGUGCGACCUGCACCGGCGGAUGCUGAACGAUGCGGCCCUGGAGCUGGAGGAGCGGGAUGAGCUGUCGGACCUGUGCGACUGCCCGCCGGCCCCCCACUUCAGCCUGUCCGCCCCGCUCAAGCUCAUCGGUGUCACCAAGAUGAACCUCAACUCCCGGAGGUUCUCUCUGUGCUGA